ACAGUCGAGGUGAAGGCGAAGGAAUCCCCACAGACGAAGAUCCUCGAGGAAGGGACGACCCUCACACUGACCUGCUCCGUGGAGGGGGAUGAUGCCGGGGACGUCCGCUGGAGGAAGGACGGGGGAGAGGUCCCGGCGAGGUCGGAGGUCGAGGGCGAGGUCACGUGGUCGGAGGUCACGAGGUCGGAGGUCACGUGGUCGGAGGUCGGGGACCGGGUGAACGCCACGCUGCGACUCGUGGGUCUCACGGUCGAGGACGCCGGGGUUUAUGAGUGCCAUCAGGGACGGGCGGGGGACGUCGUCAAAUUCGUCGUGGAGGUUCGAGAAACUCGAAGGGAGUCGAAGGGAGAGACCCGAUGGAACUGGAAGAUGCCGGCGGUGGCCGGGGGCGUGGCCGUCUCGGUGGUCGGGGUCGUCCUCGUCGUCGCGUGCGUCAGGUGAGCGGGGCGAGUGGAGGUC